GUGGAGUCCUCAGUGGCCAGUCCGGGUUCUCGCUAGUUCCCUGGCUCUCCGGGGGAGCUGGGCAGCACGAUCCCGGAGACAUGGGGCGACAGUGGGGGCCCGCCAUGAGGGUAGCCGAGCAGGCGGGUUGCGUGGUGAGUGCCUCUCGGGCCGGGCAGCCCGAGGCGGGCUCGUGGAGCUGCAGCGGGGUGAUCCUGAGCCGCAGCCAGGGCCUGGUGCUGUGCCACGGGGGCAUCUUCACCCCCUUUCUGCGGGCCGGCAGCGGGGCGCUGACCGCAGCCGACGCGGCCUUCCUGCCUGGCGACAGUUGCGACGAUGACCUGCGCCUGCACGUGCAGUGGAGCCCAACGGCCGCGAGUCCCGCAGGCCGCGCGGAGCGAGGCCGCCCCGGGUUGUGCACUCCCCAGUGCGCCGGCCUGGAGCCCAGCCCUCCGGCCCGGCACCGCGGGCGGCCCCUGCAGCCCCCGUACCCUGCCGAGCUGCUGCUGCUGCUGAGCUGCCCGGCCUUCCGGGCCCACUUCGCGCGCCUCUUCGGGAGAGAGCCGGCCGAGCAGUGGCGCUUCGCGAGCGCGGCGCCGGACGACGAAGUGUCGGAGGACGAGGAGGAGGAUCAGCUGAGAGCGCUGGGCUGGUUCGCGCUGCUGCGUGUGAAGCACGAUUCGGAGGAGGAGGCGGACGAGCGCGGGACGGCUGUGGCCGUGGCGCCGCUCGGGGCCGUGCCCAAGGGCGCGCCGCUGUUGGCCUGUGGCUCCCCGUUUGGGUCUUUCUGCCCGGACAUCUUUCUCAAUACGCUGAGCCGCGGCGUGCUCAGCAACGCGGCGGGCCCACUACUGCUCACCGAUGCGCGCUGCCUGCCUGGCACCGAGGGCGGCGGCGUGUUCGCGGUGCGGCCCGCGGGGACACUGGUGGCGCUGGUGGCGGCGCCCCUCUGCUGGAAAGCCCGCGAGUGGGUGGGCCUCACGCUGCUCUGCGCUGCCGCACCUCUCCUCCGUGCUGCCGGAGCCGCACUUGGCCGCCUGUGUCCCGGUACCGGUUCCCUGGCCGCCCUCCUGCCGCCCGAGGUGGGCGCCCCGUGGGGCCUGCCCCUCCGAGACCCUGGGCCCCCGUGGGCAGCUGCGGCCGUGCUGGUAGAGUGUGGCACUGUCUGGGGCUCUGGAGUGGUCAUGGCGCCCCGCCUUGUGGUGACCUGCCGGCAUGUGGCCCCUCGAGAGAUGGCCAAAGUCCUGGUGCGCCCCACCACCCCCAAGAGUGCCAAGAUCUGGGGACAUGUGGUGUUUGCCACUCAGGAGACAUCUCCAUAUGACAUAGCAGUGGUGAGCCUGGAGGAAGAACUAGAGGGUGUCCACAUGCCUGUGCCCACAGAGCAUUUCCACGAAGGCGAGGCUGUCAGUGUGGUGGGCUUCGGUGUUUUUGGCCAGGCUUGUGGGCCCUCGGUGACCUCGGGCAUCCUGUCAGCGGUGGUGCAGGUGGAUGACACACCAGUGAUGCUGCAGACCACGUGUGCGGUGCAUGGCGGCUCCAGUGGGGGUCCCCUCUUCUCUACCUGUUCAGGAGACCUCCUGGGGAUCGUCGCCAGCAACACGCGGGACAAUAACACAGGGGCCACCUACCCGCACCUGAACUUCAGCAUCCCCAUCACCGUGCUCCAGCCGGCCCUGCAGCGGUACAGCCAGACGGGCGACGUGGGCGGCCUGCGAGACCUGGACCACGCGGCUGAGCCAGUGCGGGUGGUAUGGCGGCUGCAGCGGCCCCUGGCGGAGGCUCCGCGGAGCAAGCUCUGAGUCCGUCACCCACUCGAGGGAACAUUGACCAUUUUCCGCCAUGGGACGUGCCAGGGUGACGGCAGCCUCAGGAUCCUGACACCACACGCCCCAGCUGGGCAGCCUCCCCCAUCACCACCCGCGUGUUUGGCUCUGGAAUCUAGGUCAAAUUUCUCUUCAGCCCCAUGAGCCUCCAAGCCGGUAGCCCCUUUGGGGUGUGAUCAGCCCCCACCUCUCUCUGCCCCCUGGCAGUAGACUCAGCUGUUAUUCCCCAUCUGGGGAGCCCAGCACAACAGGCCCAGUCCUGACAGACACAUCAGCUGGAAGGCAGGCCCAGCCCUGGGUUCAAGUCUGUUCCCUGUCUCCUGAUGGCCACUGGCCACCUGCAGCCGCCGCUUCCCCAGGGCCUUGGCUCCUCUCUGCUCUCUGUCAGAAUUAGCGGCUGGCAGCCCUGGCCCAUCCUUAGAAAACCUCGGCAGAGAGUCCCUGUCUGAAGACCAGAGAGAAGGGAAAGGAACAUCUCCCUGUUCUGCCAGACCCAUGGGGAGACAGAGUCCCUGAGAGUCAGGACUCCUGGGUCUUCACACAUCAGGUGUCACUGACCCACAGGGGCGCUCUGACACAGUGCCUUAAUUUUCCAGUGCAUACAAUGGGUCUCAGGGAUCUUGGCAGGGUGGGGUGCGGGGGUUUAGAAUGUGUCUGGUUGGGGUUUUGGAAUAAACAGGACCUAUGGGAGGAACUCUAAACUUGUAUAAAUCAGAUUCUUGUUCCCCUUUUGAGAGAUGAAUUGGGAAUAAGCAAGCAUCGUUUCUGUCCUGCUUUCCCAGUGGGGUUUGAUCCCACAGCAUAUUCUUAUGCCAAACUGGUCCUUCCACUACCUCUGGCCCCUGGAAAUUCAGACAAAAGUCCUUUGUUAGGCAAAGAGCCCCGAAGUUCAGUUCCAAAGCUCUGGGCACUGUUGAGUGGGAAGAGAGGCAUGAUGUAGGGUGAACUGCCUUGGAAAGGGCACAAGACGGGUUGCACCGAGACCCUCUUUCCUGUCUUGGAUCAAGGUGUGCUCUGGUUGCCAAAGUGUCCAAUGAGAGACAUCUCUGAUUUUCAUGGUUUAGAGUAGGUCUUUGGAGAUGGGCCACCAGCUCUGAUAUGUCAUGCCCCAAGCCCCGGCUGGGGCCACUGCACACCUCACCUCUCUCCUGGCUCUAGGUUUGUGCUGUGAGUUUGAGAAUCCUGCCUUUGCACCCUGCCUAUUAGAAUCUUCAUCUGUCGGGGCCCAGAGCUUCCAAGACAUCUUUCUUGACCUUCCCAAGCUCCAAGACAGGCUGUAGCACUCUGUUUAAGCUCUGUCUCCCACAGGGCCAGGGCAUGUGCCCAGUACAUUUCUGAUGCUUGACUCACAGUUGAGACCCUCCUUUGCCUGCUCAGUGACCUCUGGCCCCCUUAGGAAUGAUGCCCUACUGAGGAGUUUCCUGGAUUUAGGGUCGAGGCCCAGCUCCGGGGCUUUACUAGCUGUGUGAAUUUGUGAAAGUUCUUAGCCUAUAGCCUCACUUUGCUAAUCUGUGAAAUGGAGAUUAGUAAAACUUACCUCAGA